AACGACUCGUGUCGUGCAAGAACCCCACCGCCUCGCUGACUCAAACUUUCUAUUAUAAAAAACGAGAGCGAAACAAAGAAAUCGAACCAGAUAAAUCGUAGAAAACUCAAAACAGGAAGGAAAAUGCCAGGACUAACUUGUAACGCUUGUAAUAAAGAAUUCAAUGAUGAUGCUGAACAAAAACUCCAUUACAAGUCUGAAUGGCACCGUUACAAUCUUAAACGCAAGGUUGCUGGUGUUCCGGGAGUGACUGAAGCAUUGUUUGUGGCUAGACAGUCUGCAAUUGCUAAAGAGAAAGAGAAGAAUGAAAUCCCUAUGCUUUAUAGUUGUGUUCUAUGCAACAAGGGAUAUCAAAGUUCCAAAGCUCAUGAUCAGCACCUUAAAUCAAGGAGCCAUAUACUGCGAGCUUCUCAAGGAACAAACCAAGAAGAGGAGAAUACUGUGAUUAAACAGCUUCCUCGUCGUGAGGUGAAUAAGCGUGCUGCGCAAUGGGAGGCAGAUGCUGGAGAAAGUGAAGAGAGUGAGGAUGAGUGGGAAGAAGUUGGUUCAGAUGAAGAGCUGGUUGCUGCGGCCACUAAGUCUUUGAUUGGUUUGAAUGUAAAUGAGAUGGCCUCUCUUGUUGAUAUAGUUGAGGAUGAAGAAGAUGAUGAGUUGUUGGAUCCAUCCUGUUGCUUCAUGUGCGAUCAAGAGCAUGAUAACAUAGAAAGUUGCAUGGCUCACAUGCAUAAGCAGCAUGGGUUCUUUAUUCCUGAUGUCGAGUAUUUGAAGGAUCCAAAGGGUCUUCUUACAUAUCUUGGCCUCAAGGUGAAGAGGUAUUACAUGUGUAUGUACUGCAAUGACAAGCGUCAAUCUUUCAACAGCUUGGAAGCAGUUAGGAAGCAUAUGGAAGCUAAAAGUCACUGCAAAGUACAUUACGGUGAUGGCGAUGAGGAUGAGGAAGCUGAGUUAGAAGACUUCUAUGACUAUAGUAGCAGCUACGUGGAUGAGGAUGGUAAACAACUUGCAUUGGGUGACACUGCCAACAUCGCAGCACUUGGUAGUGGUGAUUCAGAGCUGAUUAUAACCACAAGAUCUGCUAAUAAAGUAUCAUCCAAAACUCUUGGUUCUCGAGAAUAUUUGCGCUACUACCGCCAGAAGCCACGUCCAUCGCCUGCAAAUGAUAUGGCCAUAACUGCUGCACUUGCCUCUAGAUACCGGAGCAUGGGGCUGGCAACUGUGCAGUCAAGAGAGCAAAUGUUGAGGAUGAAAGUCAUGAAGCAAGUGAAUCGAUCAGCUGAGGCCAUGCGCACCAAGAUUAGCAUGAAGAAUAACGUUAUUUGGGACUUGCCCAAGAACGUCCUGUAUUAGUUCAUGGCAUGUCCUCAUCUUCUUCUUGUUGUAGCAAAUGUUGGGAAUUUGCUACCCACUGGUUUAAGUGUUAGCUAUGUGGAUAGUUCUCCAGUUCACAAUAUAAGCUGCAUUUGACAUGAAAGCUGGAGGAAUGGAGCAUCGUUUUAGAGCUUGCAAAGUAAGGAUGGCAAUGAUCAUUUAUGGAUUGAGAUUUUAUUAUAUUUAUAUGAGGUAAGGAAUUAGAUAUCUUGUCAUAUGUAUUGGGUUUUAGAUAUCCAUUAUUUACUUAUUAUUUAAUAUAAAAUAUAAAAAUAAUACAUA